AUGAAUCUUAAUGCAACAUGUCGUUGCUGUUUGGCGCGUCCACCUGAUAAAGACCUUAAGUCGACGUACACAUGUCUUGGUAAAACCGAAGUAUAUGGGGACAUGUUGAAAGAGUGCUUCGAAAUUCAUUUAUCAAUGGAAUUAAAUGAAGAUGAUAAUGGUAUAUGUGAAGUGUGUAUAGCACGGCUUCGAGAUGCAUGUGACUUUAAACAUCAAGUGCAAAAGUGCCAAAAGGAAUUUCAGUGCCGACUUACACACAAUUAUGAUCUCAAAGGCGAAGAAAUGGUGAAAGUAAAAGAAGAGUAUUCGGAUGCAGAAGAUAAUGAAAUUUAUUUCUUAGGAUUAAAAGAUGAGUUUGAAGAGAUGAAGGAGGAAGAUGAUAAAAUCGCUGAAAUACUUGGUUUUGACAAAGUCACAAUGGACCACAAAGACAAGAAGAAAAACGGCAAGAAACGUCACCUGUUACUGGAUAAAUCUGGGAAAGAACGCAAAUCCAAGAACCAUAUCAAAUCGUCCAUUAAACUUUCUCUGUCGACGUUCUCUCAAAUCGAAAAGCUAAACAAAUCCAUCCCCGACAUAAGAAUUGUGAGUGAAAACAAAAAGCACAGUGUAAAUGUGGAAAAUAUACUUAAAUAUUCAAAUUGCACGCCGUUCUUCAAUAAAACCCUGUCUGGUAUAAUCUGUGCAUACUGCAAAGAAACAUUGCCGAAUCCCGACGAGUUUCGUCAUCAUACGCGGGAAAUACACAAAAAGGAUGAGUUAAAUUACAACAAACGUCUCGACAAAAGUAAUUUAUCAAUAAAAAUGGAUAUAACCAACUUAAAAUGCAAUGUUUGCGAUGCAAAUUUUGAUUCGAUACCUAAAUUAAAGGUGCAUCUGUCCAGUGAACACGAUGUCAAGUUUUAUCCUGAUGUCAAUGACUAUAUAAUGGAAUUCAAAUUGACUGAAGGCGACUUGUUGCACUGUGCCUUAUGUCUUUCCACGUUUGAGACGUUCAAAAUGCUCUUACAACAUAUGAACGGACACUAUAGAAAUUUUGUGUGCGACGUUUGUGAUAUGGGCUUUAUAAAUAAGCACAGAUUAAAAAAUCAUCAAAGAACCCACGAGAUAGGCACGUUCAAAUGCGCGUUUUGUGAUAAAGUAUUCUCCACACGUGUUAGGAAAAUGUGUCAUGAAAAAUAUACGCAUAAUACAAACGCGAGGUACACAACUAACUGUCCACACUGCGAACAGUCCUUCACUAGUUAUUAUCAAAGGAACAGACAUAUGUUUAAAGAGCAUAACGUGUCGGCUGCCACUUAUAAGUGUAAUGUGUGCGAGAAAUCCUUUAUUUUGAAAUCUAAAUUGACAUCUCAUAUCAAAAAGGUUCAUUUGAUGGAGAGGAAUCAUAUUUGUCCCGAGUGUGGGCAGGGUUUCUUUAUAAAGCAGUCGUUAGACGAGCAUAUGAUAAAGCAUAACGGCCAAAGAGUUUUCAAAUGUACGGUCUGUCAAAAGGCGUACGCGAGAAAGAAAACUUUGAGAGAACAUAUGCGUAUACAUAAUAACGAUAGGCGGUUCAAAUGUGGCCUUUGUGGCCUGGCAUUUGUACAGAAAUGUAGCUUGAAAAGCCACAUGCUGUCAAAUCAUGGUGUUUCGUUGGCGGAAUUCGAAAGUGCUAGAGGCGAAGUGCUCAGUCCG